AUGGAAGAAUGCAAACCGGUCGCCACACCUGCAAACGCAAGCAUAAAGCUGUCUAAGGCAAUGUCUCCGAAAACCGAAGAAGAACGUAAUUCUGCAAGCAAACUGCCAUUCCAGAAUCUAGUUGGCUCACUAAUGUACUUGGCUGUUUCAACAAGGCCAGACAUCGCACACAUCGUAAGCGUAUUGAGUCAAUUUAACACCAACUACGGAAGUGCACACUGGGUGGCAGCAAAGCGAGUAUUGCGCUAUUUAAAAGGUACACCGAAUCUUGGAAUGACUUUCACUUCAACCAAAAACAGCACCUUAGAAGGAUUCGCCGAUGCCGAUUGGGGGUCAAAUAUUGACGACAGAAGAUCAUAUACCGGGUUCACAUUUAAAUUAGCGAACGGAGCAAUAAGUUGGGAGUCCAGAAAACAGCGUACAGUGGCUAUGUCAAGCACCGAAGCUGAGUACAUGGCGCUUUCUGAUUCAACCAAAGAAGCAAUACACCUGAAGAGGUUAGUCAGAGAAAUAACCGGCGAAGACAGAACAGUAAUCAUCUACAAUGACAACCAAGGCGCCGGUAAGCUAAGCAAAAAUCCGAUUUUCCAUAACCGCACCAAACACGUCGAUAUACGUCAUCACUUUGUCCGUGAAGCUGUUGAAAGAAAAGACAUUAUUAUAAAAUAUGUUAGCACUGAAGAGAUGCCAGCGGACGUUUUGACAAAAAGAUUGUCAGCAACCAAGCACAUUCAUUGUAUACAAAAUCUCGGAAUGAAACUGAUUUAA